AUGGCGGCCGUGUCGCACCUGACGGCAGCAGCUUCACUCUUGCACAACAACCUGGCGAGCUCGUCCAACGGGUGGGUCGUUGCCAUCCACAACUCGCUGAAUGCAGGCCACGGCAAGCUGCUGUUCCAUGCCCUCGCAUCGGGCCAAAGUAAGGACGGUCCUGAGGUGACCCAGGCAACCUCCAUUCGCUUCUUGGAGACGAUGGACGGGCCGGUGCUCGUCGUGACCUCAACCAACGGCACGCAGAUCUAUGCUGAGGACGCAACAGCCCUCAUUUUCUACCUGCCUGUCACAGACGCUGCGAGUCCCGACAGCCUCAGGUAUCACCAGGCGGCAUGCUUUGUCCCAACCCUUCAGCAUAUUGUCGUCGGCACUUCCAAGGGCACCAUCUGGCCCGUCAGCGCCGUGGCCGCUGGACAAUACGUUCAGUUGCACGAGUCCGCGCCGUCGAGUCCCACCGGCGAGGUAGCCGACCUGUGCUAUUGCGCACUUGCAGAUGCAGUAGUAUCCGUGCAUAACAACGGUGACCUGCGAGUGUGGUCGGCAUCUGCAGAUGCGCCGUACACAAACAUCGAGGUGAUACCUUCCAUCUGCCAGGCCCCAGUGCGGAUUCUGUCCGUCAAAGCCCAGCUCGCCCUAGCGGACGGGCCCGGCACGAUCCUGCUCCUUGAUGCGAUAUCGAGGGAGGUCAAGGCCGAGAUCACAGCCCAUGCGCGAUGGCUCUCUGCGGCGGUCUCCAGAGAGGAUUCCGACAUGGGCCUCAUCGUCAGCGUGGGUGAAGACACGGUGCUGAAUGUCUGGCAGGUCGAACCAGUCGAAGGAACGGUGUCACUCCACCAUUCAGCCGUGGUGACAGACAAGCUCCUCUGCGGCGUGGCGCUGCACGGCUCGGGCGCCUCUGUGGUCGCCUACGACUCGGAUCAGCUGUACCACGUGAACUUCUGA